GUUAUGCAUAUGUAUUACGAGAGAGAGAGAGAGAGAGAGAGAGAAAUGAGUUCGAAUUCGAAUUGGACGGCGUGGCAAAAUAAGGUGUUUGAGGAUGCAUUGGCAAGCUACGACAAGGACACGGCGGAGUGGUGGCAGAAUGUGGCGAGGGCGGUGGGCGGGAAGAGCGUCGAAGAGGUGAAGCGUCAUUACCAGAAGCUUCUUCAAGAUAUCAACCAUAUCGAAACGGGCAAGGUCCCACUGCCCAAUUACAAUCCUUACAAAUCUAAUUAAAUCAAUAUAUAUACUUCACUUCUCUUCUAUUCUAAUUUUGCAUUUUAGCUGUACCAAUGUUUUCUGUAACUUAAUGUAAGCAUCAGAAUAUAUAUCCAGCCUUCUUUUCUUCACACUUGUUCAGCUUUUUUUUUUCCCCUUAACGUUUUGCAUAUAGACGAGUACUUUUUUUCCCCUUUCUUGGUGUUUUCUCUAUUGGAUUUUCGCUUUGGUAGAUUUUAGUGAGGCUCGACCAUAAAUGAGUGAUCGAGUUGUGAUCUUCUACCAAUGCUUCGUAGACUGUAAGUCUAUAUAUAACGAAAUCAUUUCAGUAAUGGUAGUAUCAAUUUUGUAAUUUA